ACUCUCUUUACUACUAGUACUUUCUCUUUCUAAGAAAACUAAGAAGAAGUUGAAAAUCAAACAAGAAACAACUCAAUUGGCCAUUAACUUCUCUUCCUCACUUCGCACUUUCUCUGCCAAAUAUUUGGAAUUCUGAUCUCUCUACAUCAGUUUUGUUUAAUUUUUUUUUGUUUGAUGCAUGACAGAAUUUAGUAAUGUCUGAGUGAUAAAAAGAGACAGGGUUGAAUAUAAACCGAAAUUCAACAAAGUUUCAGUAAAAAGCCUUUAAUGGAAGACAGAAUUGGGAAAAGUAGCAGAGAAUCUUAAGUGUGGAAUUGGUGGUAUCUUUCUCUUUCUACAACUUUUUUUUUUACUUGUUGCGAAGCGUGGAAUUGUUUUGUAUCAGAACUCUCUGGGCACUCUCUGACUACGGUUUUUACUGCUGUGUUGUUUUGAAUGAAGUUGAAACUCAAAUAUUCCAUUUACUCAAAGACAGUUUAGGUAGAAGAGAAAGAUACCUUUAUAUCUUGCUGCUUUUGUUGUUGAAGGCAAUAUGGAUUUGAGUGAGAAAGAUAAAUUUGGGUUAGAAAAAAGAAGUGGGGAUCCUUUGAAUUACCAGUCUCCUAAUAUGCUGCCUUCCAAUUGGCAAUUCAAUCAUGGAAAUCAGCCUUUGGGUUUAGCUUCUACUAGUGAUUCAAUGGAAAAGGGAGAUCUAAUGAUGGGUGGUUCUUCAGCUUGUUCCUCUGGUUCAAUGAUGGACUCAUUUACAGGUGCUCUUUGGGGUCAUCCCAGUUCAUCACACAACUUAAGCUUAGGUGAUCAUGGUUCUUCUGGGGCAGUUAUGGGUAACUUAGGUUGGAAUCCACUGAAUUCUGUUACUAAACAGGGUAUUUACUUGCCGCCAAGCACUGGGAUGCUACAUCAGAGCUUAUCUCAGUUCCCAGCUGAUUCAGGGUUCAUUGAAAGAGCUGCAAGGUAUUCAUGCUUCAAUGGUGGAAGUUUUAGUGAUAUGUUGAAUCCGUUUAACGUGCCAGAGAAUUUGAGUCCUUACUCUAAGAAUGGAGGAGCAAUUCAAGGUUCUUCAGAUGUUCUCUUUAAUGGGUUGAAACACAUACCGGGUAGCCAAUCUCAGAUGAAUGAAGCAAACAGUGCUGAGCUUGCUAAAGAUGUUUCAGUUUCUGUCAAUAGGGGCACUACAGAUGGGAGUCCAAUGAAAAGUGAUGUCAAAAAGGGGAAUUUUUUGAGAACACCUGAUGAAACAAAAGGAGUUGGUAAUUCUGGUAAUGAAUCAGAUGAUGCCAAUUGUAGUGGAAGUGCUGGUGGUGCUGGCCGAGAGGAUCAAUCAAUGUUGGAGAGUGCCGGGAGGGAACCUUCAUCUUCCAAGGGACUUGCCCCAAAGAAAAGGAGACGAGGUGGUCAGGUUUCUGAGCCUGACCAAGGUAAAAGUCCUGUACAAGUAACAGGCGAGGCUGCAAAUGAGGAUUCUGACUCAAAACAGAAGGAUGAUCAAAAUCCUAGUCCCUCUGCUAAAGGUAAUAAACAUGGUAAAGACAAAGAUAAUUCUCAAACUUCAGAUGCACCUAAAGAAGAUUAUAUCCAUGUUAGAGCGCGAAGGGGCCAGGCAACCAAUAGCCAUAGUCUUGCCGAGAGAGUAAGACGAGAAAAAAUCAGCGAAAGGAUGAAGUUUCUUCAAGACCUUGUGCCUGGUUGUAAUAAGGUUACUGGCAAGGCUGUCAUGCUCGAUGAGAUCAUUAACUAUGUACAGUCGUUGCAACGCCAGGUUGAGUUUUUGUCAAUGAAGCUUUCAGCUGUAAAUCCACGACUCGACCUCAAUCUUGAAAGUCUUCUUGCGAAAGAUAUUCUUCAAUCACGAGGUGGUCCAUCAUCUUCCAUGGGGUUUCCACAAGAUAUGAUUAUGGCUCAGCUUCAUCCGUCCCAACCAGGAUUAAUUCAAUCAGGAAUGCCUGGCAUGGGAAAUCCCUCAGAUGCACUCAGGAGAACCAUCAAUUCUCAAUUAAUGGCCAUGAAUGCAGGAUACAAAGAACCUAAUCCUCAGAUGCCCAAUCCGUGGGAUGAUGAACUUAACAACGUCAUUCAAAUGAGCUUUGAUCCCAAUGGUCCGUUUAACGGUCAAGACUUGAAUGCUGCUUCUCUACCUCCUGGUCAUAUGAAAGUUGAGCUAUGACUAAAGCUGCUGUCCCAAGUCUUAAUAGUUGGUGUACAGUCAAAAACAGGGUAGAUAUGAAAUUCUCCCUCAAGGUCUCUCAAGUAUAUUAACACAGCUACAUUUGUUUUUGUUUUCCAGUCUUAUAUAUAUACACACUUCAUAUGGAUAAAGAAAAGGAACUAUCUAUGAAGUUGUACUGUAAGCACUUAUUUUGUUAUAGGGCGCUCUUUGUUAUAAUUGAUGUAUAAAGAUCUCUCCAAGCUUUA